AUGCACCAGGGUUUCGCAGUGCGGCGCCAGAAAACUCCUGAACUGCGGUCCGAAGCACCUUUGGACGCUCUUCCGUCCUUGGUGGUAGCGUUGGGAUAUGACCGCUUCUUUGACUGCCUCCACGUCGCCUGGCUCGGCCACGCCUACUACGAAGGCCACUGGCGCGACUGCCUCUACCAUGGCGGCGGCCGUUUGAUCUCUACCAAUCGCGGCGAGUUCGGCCGCUCCCACAACGGCUUCCAACAUGGCUACGGCAAGAUGAUCCACGAUGUCACGCCGAUACCAGCGAUAUCUGCGAAGGCGAUUGGGCCGAAGGUCGCCAUCACGGCAAACGUAUACUGA